AUGGAAACACCAAAAAAUACCGCACAAUAUCUCUCGGAAGCCAUAGUGACAGAGAUUGUAGCGAGGUUACCAUUGAGAAGCAUCUCCAGAUUCAAAUCUGUGUGCAGAACAUGGAAAUCAGCACUAGAAUCUGCGUAUUUCCGCCGUCUCUUUGUGUCUUUGCACCAAAACACCUCUUCCUCUUGGUCACUACUGGCUGGGACAGAAGAAUUCAUAAGCAUGCAUGGAUGCGAGACAUGGGAUCUUCCAAAGUCUAUAGCGUCGUAUUUUCGUGGUAUUUUAACUCGUAAAAACUUAUAUCAUGUGGCUUCUUCAUCUGGAUUGAUAUUGAUGGAAUCAUCUGAUGAUGCUACUUAUGUGGGUAAUCCAGUAUUACAACAGUGGCUUAGAAUCCCUGACCCUCCACAUCCAACUGUCACUGUUGUCUUAGGUUUGGUGACAAGCCUGGACGAGGACGGGGUUGUUCUAAGCUUCAAAGUUGUGAAGAUGGCUGCGUUGGUACCGACUAGAGAUAAAUCCUCUACUUGUAUGUUUUUGUGGGUCUAUUCGUCUGAGACUGGCAUUUGGACACGCAAGCGACUUUACUGCCCUAUUUGCUUCACCAGCUUCCGUAACACUAUCAGUUUGAAUGGGACGUUUUAUGUAUCCCAAACAUGUUUAGAUGGCCUUGCUACUCAACCCGGAACACUUAUGGCUCAUGAUUUCUAUUCUGAAUCCGAUCUAUGGCGUGUCAUACCUUUCCCUGAUCAUAAUCUGAAUCACAACAUGAACUUCAAAAGAGCCUUGACCAAAUCCCGCGGAUAUGUCAUGUAUAUAAAAACGUUAGCUCAAGAGGGAGACAAUCUUUUGAAGGUUUGGAGGUUGAGCAAUGAUUCAGGGGAUGAAUGCUGGAAACUUCUUUGGGAAAUUCGCCUCCCGUUUGAUAAUAUCAGAAAUUAUGCACCCAUGGCAAUGCAUCCCUUGGAGCACAAUAUUGUGUAUUUAUGGAGUGAAGAAAACCAUUAUAUGAUAUCAUGUAAUUUGCAAACACAAAACUACAAAAUCCUUAGAGAUGAUGAUCAUCAAGAUUGUCUUAUAAACAAGUCUCGUUGUGACAAGUAUAUGGAUGAGGCUUUGAAGUCAAGCUCAGUUCAAGAAUAUGGAGUACUGGUCAACCUAGACCAAUUCGUGCUCCCAAAGUGGAUGAAAUCAUUGCCUCGCCCUCCCCAAGUUGAGAUGCUAGAUACAGCUUCACUGAUUUCUUACGUUUCUUCACUGCCGAAAGAACACGAAGAUUACGAAGAAGAAGAAGAAGACGUAGAAGAAGAAUGGGAAGAAGAAUGGAAAGAAUAGAUGCAAACAAGGUUUUUGGAUUCAAUGAUUCAUUAUGGUUUUUGGUUAUUUUUGCCUUUUUUUUUCUCAGCUUCUUCAUAUGCUUUUUUGUCUUCUGACUGGUACAUUACAAUUAUUAAAACACUAUAUACGAAUAUGCCACUAAGCUGUGCAAUUUCUAAUAGAUCAAACAUUAAACGGGGCAACAUCAAAGCUAGCAUAAGGAAUCAUUCUGAAAUUGCAUGAAAGGAAGCGGGAUCACGGUUUAAGCCUUAAACUUGAGACUUCCCCAAGCCAUUUAUUUGUUAGUUUGGACCUAUGAUGACUCUCUCCCCACGCAAUGCUGGUGGCUGCAUCACCACCCUUGUAUCCAAACGAUGGAUACUACUUCAAAGCUUACAAUCAGCUACCAGAACAAUGACCCCAAACUUUAGUUUAUCGAGUAGCCUUACACCCUCCCUCUUAGUCACCUUCGCUCUUCAUUUUGUCACCGGAAAAAAAUUGAUCCCUGCUGAAAGCACCAAUUAAGCAGGUGUCUUCUUCUUCGUGUGCUUAGUAACAUUCCAUCUAAGACUAUAUACCACCAUAACAACCUCGGCCAUAUUUUUUGUUUUCAUUUUAUUGUUCCAUGUUUGUUCACUACCAGAGAUAAUAGAACAAUAUAUAAAUAACUUCACUGACAUAGACACACCUUCCUGGUUCAUCUCAUCUAGGCCUUCUAUAACUUUCUGGAGCUACUACUUUUGCAUAAAUAAGACAACCCUAGAACAUUUUCAAUAUCAUCACCUGCAUCAGUUUCUCUACAGCUUGGCAGAGUCCGUUAAGUAAGAGACAACUAUGAAAGGAAUACACGACAUCUCCAUGAUUUGUUUUCUCAAUGACAUGAUAAAGCUUGUUGGCCAAGAGUGAGCAGAUCGCAUUGUGGUGGGAUGAUGAAAUAUGGUUCGAAACAAAAACAAUAUAUCCCUCUAUAGUUUCCUAGA